UGUCAUGCCACUAAUGUAAAAUAUAGUAGGUUAUAUUGAAUAAUUUUCAUUAUAAAUCAAUAAACAAUGUUAAGCGCUAUAAGAAAUACUAUCAGAGUAACAACUAAUUCAGUAGUACGUUCUAUUUACACAACCACUCCGCAAGCGACAGAAAAGUUUGACCAUAAAAGGAUACCCGCAGAUGAUGAGGGUGUCCAAGGGGAGAAAAUUAUUGACUUAGACUCAGUCUUAAAGUUGAAACAAAAUUUAUUUCCCACUUUGGAAUCGGACAACUAUUUAUUUGAUGGUGUUCCAUACAAAGAUCUUCCGAUAUGCAAUAUCCGAGUCACUCACAACAACACAAUUUUCACUGUAACGGACUCUGCUGGAUCUGUAAAACUCACCAGAUCAUGUGGUAUGGAAGGUUUUAAGAACACAAAGAAAGGUACAAACAUAGCCGCACAAACUACUGCCAUCAGUAUUGCUACGAAAGCCAUAGAUAAAGGAUACAAAACUGUUAGAGUGCGAGUCAGAGGUUUAGGACCUGGUAGAUUGUCUGCAGUAAAAGGUCUACAAAUGGGUGGCUUAGAUAUAGUGUCAGUAACUGACAAUACACAUGUGUCUUGGAACCCUCCACGACCAAGGAAAGCUAAGAGAUUGUAGUUAUUUGUAAACUUAUGUAGGUUUAAAUUAAUAGAAACAAAUAUUA